CUGAAUAAUUUUGGGAAAUUAAUAUAAAUUACAAUAAAACAGAAAAUGGCAAAAGUGCUUGAGAGAUCAAAGAGUGUGAUGAAUAAUCCGUUGAAUAGUUCUACUUCAAAGCAGCAGUUUUCUUUCUCUAAAGCAGAUAGGUUUGGCACCAAUCUCAAGGAUAAAUUCGGUACUGGGUAUCUAAACCUGCCUACUACAAAAUCAAAUAGGUCUACUUCAUUUGGGUAUGGGAAUAAAGUUUCAACUACUGGGAAGUAACGAGUCUCCUUCACCUGGGACUUAUAAGAUCCCUUCUGAUUUUGAUCCAGUGAGAAAAGGAAAGAUGUAUAGCUUCCGUUGUAGCUGGAAAGCCUAUAACAAAGUCUAUCAAAAAGAAGGGUUUAAAAACACAAAAGCAUCUGACCCUAAUGUUCCUGGACCAGGAACAUAUAAGGAAGUUCCCACUUUUGGAGAGAAAGGCAGAAAAAUCACACUGAAAGGAAAAUUAAAAGAUCUUCAAUCCUGAGUAAUUGGUCCUGGACCAGGAACUUAUCAAAAUCAUACUGCAAUUCCUAAAACAGGCAAAAAUUUUUGUUCUCGGUAUAAAUCAAUUAGUAAUGGAGCUAUCGGCCCUCCAACAAAUUCGAGAUUUAGAGAUAAUACUAAGACCAGCGGAGAUAUGCCUGGGCCUGGACAGUACACACCAAGAACUGGCCUGGCAAGUACUGGACAUUACUUUUUGUCAACUUUCAAAUCUUCAGGUUCAACCGUAUUGGGUGGCGCCAAUAGAGUAUCAACUCAAAGAGUUUCAAUGGAUGGACCAGGGCCAGGAAGCUACAUACUUCCUUCUGAUUUUGGAUAUCCUUCCACACAAAAAAGGAGAGGAAAGCAGGCUAAGAGGCCUGGUAGAGCCUCUUCUCAGCUGUAGAGAUCAGGAUUAAAAAUAUUCUGUAUUAACAUCCAUAUUCUC